AUGAGCCUGAGUGCUCCCGCGAGGGACCUGAUAUACAACUUCAUAUCAUCCCAGAUAGAGCUCGAAAAACUCUCCCUGAACGCCCUGAACCAGUACAUAUACACGAAUCCAGAACUCCGCCACGAGGAGCACAAAGCACACGACUUCUUAACCUCCAUUUUGGAGAAGCUAGACUUUGUGGUUACCCGCCACGCGCAUGGCUUAAAAACUGCAUUUCGGGCAGAAUUUUCGGCCAAGGGAGGGGGGAGGAAUAUUGCUGUGAAUGCCGAGUACGAUGCUUUGCCAGGGCUGGAUAAGCAUGCAUGCGGGCAUAGUAAGCCUUCCCCCUCGUCGGCCCUCACGCUGUAGGAAUCACCACCGCAGGGUGAAAACGUACUAACAGUGAAGGUAUGGCACCGGAAUAGACCUGAUAGCCACAGCAGCAGUUGCAACAGCCAUCUCGGUCGCUGGUGCGCUAAAGCACUUCUCUCUCCCUGGGACUAUAACCCUCCUAGGGACACCAGCGGAGGAAGGCGGUGGCGGGAAAAUCACCAUGCUGCAAAACCACGCAUAUGAAAACAUAGAUGCCUGCCUAAUGACGCAUCCUUCCCACCUCUCGCAGGUCUACUUCCGCUCCAUUGCUGGGCUAACGGACCUAUCCAUAACCUACCAGGGCCGCAAGGCCCACUCUGGAAUCGCGCCCUGGGACGGGGUCAACUCGCUUGAUGCGAUAACCUUGAUGUGGGCUUCUGUCGGGCUGAUGAGGCAGCAGCUCAUGCCCACCGACCGUGUGAGUGGCGUGAUCACGGACGGAGGUGCGGCGAAUAAUGUCUGCCCGGAUUUUUCCAAGGGGAGUUUUGGCAUCCGGGCCGAGAAUGUGGGGAGAUUGGAGGUCGUUAAGGAGAAGGUCCUGAACUGUGCCAGGGGGGCGGCGAAGGCGACAGGUUGUGAGUGUGGUGUUAUUGAUGAUGGGUGGUUGUAUGCUGAUGUUAGGACUAAUGAUGUGAUUGCGGGGAGAUACGAGGCGCAUUUAGAGAUGUUGGGGCGCCCGUGGGUGGAGGGAAAGGAUGAGCAGAAGAGGAAUGUGUUUGGAGGUGGGACUGAUAUGGGGAAUGUUUCUUAUGUUGUGAGUUUUCCGGCUGCCUCCGUUUUGAUGGUUAGCGAGGCCUAAGUAGGAGGGCUUGUACUACAGGUUCCAUCUAUACAUCCCACCUUCGACAUCGGAUGCAAAGAAGGUUGCCACACAAACGAGUUUUACGAAGCCGCGGGGACAUAUCAUGCUUUUGAGGAGUGCCUUCUAAGCGCCAAGGGGAUGGCCUUUUCGGCCAUUGAUAUCAUGCUUGACGAUGAGGUGUAUGGUGAUAUGAAGGAAGAGUUUGAGGCUAUGAAGAAGGAUAUUGGUGAUUGCAAGGCCAUAUUUGGGAAUACCGCCCUGAACAGUGCUUAG